GGCUGUCAGUAUCUUUCCUCAGAGUGGCUGCGUUGCACCACGUUGCUGGUUUAUAAUAUGCUCCUUAUCAUUGUCUUAUCAAGUCUUGCCUUCUCGAAAGCUGUUCCCUGGCGCACCGAAGAGGACGUUUCUGUGUAUAUUUCAACUUGUUGAAUAGCAGCACCCUGCCCUCAGCGGGGAGUGCUCAGUGUUCAAGGUUCAGGAAGAUAACGAGAGGUGAGUGGCUGACGCACAGCCCGUGUUGUGUUACCAAAGCGUCAGCUCAUAUUACUGAAGACAGCGGCUCGGGUGAAACCAUAACUGGAUCCAGAUCGCUGUGGCUCAAACCAACCAGGAACUGGAACUGAAAGAGGAUUUUUAAAGAAGCCGAAAACAGAACCGAACAAGAGGCUUUCUUUUGGUUUUAAGGAGAGCGUUGCCAUGGGUGAGAAAAGACUCUACCUGCCAUUCCUGCUGUGUUUGUCAGGGCUUGUUCACAGCUCGGCUGCCGUGCUGUAUUGGUCGGCCGUGGUGGAAACAGAUUACGUUAAAAACAAUGAGACUGUGAGCAAAAUAUGCGAGUGUGGCGUGUUUGGUCGCAACUCUCCAGUGGUCAGAGCCUCGGGGGUUGUAACACUUCCGACAGGGGACCCGAGAGGCUGCGGCCUAGAUGCUGUUUACAGCCGCAACUCCAGCUUUCCAGCUUGGAUAGCCCUGGUCAAAAGGGGCAACUGCACCUUCAGCGACAAGAUCAACGCAGCCAAGCGUCAAGGAGCAGCCGGUGUGGUUGUGUACAAUGUGGACGGCAGUGAGAACAGCACCAGUCACAUGGCACACUCAGAGGCAGACGGCAUUGUGGCUAUCAUGAUUGGCAACUUACAGGGCACGGAGAUCUACACCCUGGUGAGGAACGGCACAGAAGUUAAGAUGGUUGUCGAUGUGGGCAGCCCUCACGGGCCCUGGAUGGACACCCACUGGCUCUACAUUCUGUCCAUCGCUUUCUUCGUCGUGACAGCGGCCUCCAUCGCCUACUUUGGAUUCAUUACCGCCAAGCGCCUCUUCAGAAUGAACAGAGAACGACGCCAAGAGCAGAGGCUGAAAUCCGAGGCUAAGAAGGCAAUCGCACGUCUGCCUUUACGCACGCUCAAAAGAAGCGACGAGGAAACCAGCUCUGACACCCACAUGUGUGCCGUGUGCAUUGAAUCCUACAAGGAGGGCGACGUGGUGACGGUGCUGACCUGCAACCACAUCUUCCAUAAGGACUGCAUCGAGCCCUGGCUGCUGGAUAAGAGAACCUGCCCCAUGUGUAAAUGCGACAUCAUGUCGAGCCUUGGGAUUGAGGAGCAGCCGAAGGAGAGCCUGCCUACUGAAUCCCCACAGGAGGUCACUGUGGUCACAGUGACAGGAGGAGACGCCUUGUAUGAAGUCCCACUGACUGACCCGUCGAGCUACAACCCGGAGAGACAGCAGCAUCACUAUGACAGCAGGGCCUUCCAGGGAGACUCUGAGGCUGCGAGGGGAUGAGCAGCAACAACAACAACGGAAACGGCAACGAACCAGGACACCGUCAAAUUCCCCUGCUUGCAAUAGAUGUUUUCCUGUCGUACACUGAGCCUGCACAUUGGAUUCAAGUGAUAAUGUUCCAGUAAGAGAAGCAACACAGAAAUGCUUUGAUAUGUGAAUGCAAGGAUUUAGAUUUUCAAUGGACUUUGUGUAAUUACGUGGUACAUUCUUGCAUUUUUUUUGUCUUUCUUGGUUCAGGUGUAAUUAUUGGGUGCCUUCAUUACUGUAACUUUAGAUCGGAGGUGUCCCUUCCUGGUCCUGAAGGGGCCACAGUCCUUCUACACCAUUUGAUUAGGACACAUUGAUUGACAUCAAACAGAAAAGUGUCUCAUUCAUGACCAAGGUGUAACACUUCUGCUUCAGAUGGUUAGAAAUGGCUCGUCGUUGUAAUGUGACUCCAGAGUCAAAUUUCUGUGUGUAUACACCACAAGAGCUCGACACAGUCGACGAGGACGUGCAGGACAGCAUUUGAAUGUGUGCUUGAAAAUGGGGCCAAAUUUCUUCCAGCAGAAAGUUUGACGAGUUUCUUGGUUCACAGGCCCUCAGAGAAAACUGUGCCUUUCCUUGAACUUUUCUUUUAAUCCAGAUAAUCUGAAUAGAUUCACCUUUUUGUUUGUUUGUUAUUGUUUUCAUCAGGUUGUCAGGCUGCAUUUCCAAACACACCUUUAUGAGCACACCUUUGGAAAUGCAGCCUGACUCACAUUGCACUAAUAUGUGGAAACAAAAUCACUGGAGGGACCGAGUUUUAUUAGAGGCACGGUCCAAAACAUGUUGGAAUACGACUUUUCACGUCACUUUAAUAUGUGUUGCUCAUUAUUGAGUUUUAGGAUGUUCAGAGGAACAGAAAAUCAGAAGCUUUGAGGGUUGUAUGAAGUGGAGGUAUCUUAAUGUGUUAUAUUUAGGAAUCAAUAUAUGAAGAUUGGUUAGUUGAUCAGAAACUCUGUUGAUACAAAGGAAAUGCAUACAUGCAUACAUAUUUGUGUUCAGUCUAUAUUUUUCUGAACUGAUUUCCACUGAGCAUCGAUUGCUGUUGAACAGGUCUUCCAGGUUUUGUCUUUGAAUGAUGUUGAUUGGAGUUUUCGCAGUCUCUGCGGUCUACCUCUGAACUAUCACGUGGCUAGAUUUAGGUCUAUUUAAAAUUCUUCCUCUUCCAAGACGGAGUUUGUCUCCCUCGGUAAAUUAUGGAGCACCACAAGAAAUGUGUUGUUUCUUUAUUUGCAGGAGGGAAUAUGCUGAUUGUGGUAUUUCUCUGUACUUUUUCUGUACUGAAUCAUUUUCACUGCGGUUUUACAGAUUCAAGGAGUCUUAAUUUGUACUGUAAAAUGUAAUAUUACUUCCUGUAUUAAAUCACAUUGAUGCUUUUUAGAAUGCAAUAAAUCCCUCAAAAUGAGGCUAACUUUA